UCUUUUUCUUUUUCUUUUUCUUUUUUGUCUCCUAGCUGCCUAAAGAAGCCCUCUUUCUUUCUCUCUCUCUCUGCUCAAAUCGAAAUUAGGGUACGAAGUUGACGGCGAGAAGAUGAGUGCUUCAAGGUUCAUAAAGUGCGUCACCGUCGGUGACGGCGCCGUCGGCAAGACUUGUCUACUCAUCUCAUACACAAGCAACACUUUCCCCACUGAUUAUGUGCCAACUGUGUUUGAUAAUUUCAGUGCUAAUGUGAUUGUUGAUGGGAACACCAUCAACUUGGGAUUGUGGGACACUGCAGGACAAGAGGACUAUAAUAGACUAAGACCAUUGAGCUAUCGUGGUGCUGAUGUCUUCUUGCUCGCAUUCUCUCUCGUCAGCAAAGCUAGCUAUGAAAAUGUUGCUAAAAAGUGGGUUCCUGAACUCAGACAUUACGCUCCUGGUGUUCCAAUCAUCCUUGUUGGAACAAAGCUUGAUCUUCGAGAUGAUAAGCAGUACUUUGUUGAGCACCCUGGAGCUGUGCCUAUAUCUACUGCUCAGGGCGAAGAACUGAAGAAGCUUGUUGGAGCUUCUGCUUAUAUAGAAUCCAGUGCAAAGACCCAACAGGUACCUCAUAUCAAAUUCAUCAUCUUUUUAUACCUUUGUUUCAAAAUCUUGCUGACGAUACCUCAUUGGGUUAUACAGAAUGUAAAAGCCGUCUUUGAUGCGGCUAUUAAAGUAGUUCUCCAGCCACCUAAAAACAAGAAGAAAAAGAAGAGAAAGUCUCAGAAAGGAUGUUCUAUAUUGUGAUUCGCUAGAACAAGAAGAACCCAACAGUUAUAAAGUUAUAACUAAUCCUUGUUUUCCGAGAGUGCUACGGACCCAUUUUUUCUUAUUUCCAUGAAACAAGAAUCUGUUGUUUUGUAGUCUGAAUACUGACAUAUCAAAAGAAACUCAUUGGUCUUGUUUGAGGUUGUAUUCUUGUUUGCAUUAUGUAAAUAUAUGAUGAUACCACGUUUUGCUUUCGAUUCCA